AUUUUUUUUUGGGAAUCUCACUAUUGUUUCUGUUAAAGCAUGACGCAAUCCGGUUUCUUCUUUUCGUAUCUAUAUCACAUUCGUAUACAAAGCUCUUUUCUUCUUAUGUUGAAAAACAUAUCCUCCAAGCAGCUGCAGGAUUUGUCAAAUUCGCCCUGUAAACUCACGUGUAACGAUGUAACCAAGCAGAAAACAAAGUAAAACCCGCUUUACUCGAUGGGCAGGACUGUGUGACCCUCAAUUUUUCUGCUAUGGCCAUCUUUUUGCCCGUUGUGCUUGUUGGAGCUCCCAUUGGGUAUUUUACCUGGUCCAAAGUUUUCAAUGAAGCCGAUUACCAAGCUGCUAAAAUUUGCCAUGGACAAGUGAAAUCAAUGGAAGAAAAGAGUACGUCCGAGUUGUUGCGCGAAAGCUACCCACCUCGUUCGGGUUUUGCUGGUACCGUCGGUACCAUAGGCUCGUUUGGUAUUCUAGGCAAGACCAUGUUUGGCAAAAGCACGCGACAUCGAUUAUUUUUUGCACGAGCACCACCAGGCGCUGAUAUACGCUGGGUGACAUUUAAAAUGGCUGGUGAAAUACUACUACGUUGUGGUGCGGUGGUAUAUGGAGCAGCAGCCGGUGGUGCCCUGGCAGGGCGAUUGGCAGUAGCAAGACAGCCGCUACCAGUAACCUCACCCUCAUCCUCCACCAGCAAGUAAAAAUUGUACACACCUUUGAAGCAAUAAAAAACACUUAGAUUUACUUUGUUUACAACUAGG